UCAACAUGUUGCAGCAACUUUGGGUCUGCGAAAACCUCUUCACAUUCCGACGAUCAGCAUCUCCACCAUACCUACCACACCAGGUAACUUUAAGGAGCCGUUGGCUAGAUAUAGAUAGAUUUCCUCUCCGAAUAUAAUUGGCAGGGUCGCCCGACACCGUUGUCUAAGAGAAGGACAUCUCACACUUCGCCCUUCUCGCAGCCAUGACCACCGCAUCCGUCAACCCCUCCCGCAGGUCCUAUGCCCCUCUGGCGCGUGAGAACCGCCAAAAGGUUCUGAAGCAUCUAGAGCAAGCCGGCAUCACGUCCGGCGUCCUGUAUCUCACCGGCAUGAAGACCGAGGAGCGCAAGUGGACCGACUGCGAAGUGCCGUUCAGACAGGAGAGCAACUUCUUCUAUCUCACCGGCGUCACUGAGCCUGACUGCCACCUUGUCAUCGACGUGGCCUCGCAAGAUGCCCACGUGUUUAUCCCCAAGUUCUCCGAGGACCACGCUUUGUGGAUGGGACCGCCCCCAACGGAGACUUUCAUCAAGGAGCGCUACGGUGUGCAGCACUGUGACGUCGUUGACAACAUCGUGAAGACUCUGGAGAGCCUGAAGGCUAGUAAGGUUCAUAUACUCGAGCAGGAGAAGGAUUUGGCAGCCAUUGGUGCGUUCAAAGACAAGAUUGAUUCCUCCGCUUUGAGCACUGCCGUCACCGAAGCGCGCAUGAUCAAGUCCAAGGGCGAGAUCGAGCUGAUGAGGAGAGCAGCCAAGAUCAGUGGAGAUGCCCACAUUGCUUUGAUGAAAGCAGCAAAGCCUGGAAAGGACACGGAACGCCAAUUGCAGGCGCUUUUCGAAUACGAAUGUUUCCGCAACGACGGACGAUACCAGGCAUACACCCCCAUCGUUGCAUCCGGAAGGAACGGAUCCGUGCUCCACUACAUCGACAACACCGACCCGAUCGCCCAAGACAAACGUGACCUCCUGCUAGUCGACGCCGGAUGCGAAUACGAAUGCUACGCCGCCGACAUCACCCGCACUUUCCCAAUCGGCGGCAAAUUCGAAGGCGAUUGGAAAACAACCUACGAGAUCGUCCUGAGCAUGCAGAACGCCGUCCUGGCAGCCAUCAAGCCAGGCGUCGAGUGGGAGGACAUGCACAAGCUCGCCAACCGCGUUGCCGCUGAAGGUCUUCUCAAGGCGGGGCUCAUCAAGGGCGAUUUGGACACUUUGAUUGCCAACCACAUACCUGCCCUCUUCUUCCCGCACGGUCUAGGACACAGUAUCGGCCUCGACGUCCACGACGUCGGCGGAUACCCCAAAGGCGUCCCGCGUCUAACUGACCCUGGGCUCAAGUACCUCCGUAUGCGGCGUACAUUGAAGCCCGGUAUGGCCGUGACUGUUGAGCCUGGGAUCUACUUUGUCGACGCGAUUUUGGACAAGGCGCUUGCGGACUCCAACGUCACUCAGUACUUGGAUGUUGAGGUUGUUAAAAGGUUCCGCAAGACGGUGGGUGGUGUCAGGAUAGAGGACGAUGUGGUUGUUACUGAGACGGGCGUAGACAACUUGACUGGGUGGGUUCCGAAGGAGGUUGCGGAUAUUGAGAAGGUUAUGAGUGCGUAGGCAGUCACUUUGUAGGAUGCAUGUAGUUGUUCCUUUUAUGUGUUUUAUCCACCUCACUCUGCAUUCCGGCGUAGUCCGUCCACAAUCUCUACUGGUCUUGACUUUCCCCAAUAUUAGCCGUACAUUUUUGACUGCGGUCAGUAUGCUUCUUUGAACAGCAGAACAUCACCGUGCUAGGAUAUGAGCGAAACGGGGUCGAGAACAAGGUUAGCCUUAGUUCCACCCGUCGGAGCCGGACAUUUUGAGCUGUACAGG